AUGUCUAAAAUUCCCGCCGCACCAGCAUGGGACAAACCCAACCCCAAUCUCAACACCAUGCCAACUGAGAUCCUCAAGAAGAUCAUCGGCUACACCGUCCCCGACAAUCUCGACAUCAACAUCACCAACGUUCACCGCAUCGGCAUGACAUCCAUCUCCUGGUCGCCAGAGUGGGUCUCGAACCUCCGCCUUGUCUCCCGACGCAUUCGCAAGGUCGUACUGGUCGCUAUGGUGAAGAACUGCGGCAUUCACUUCACUAUGGGAGAGCCUGAGGUCCGAAAGAUGUUGAAGGCGAGUGGCGAGUCCAUCCGGGGUAAGAUGAAGGAGUGGGUCAAGUCUCAGUACAAUCUGUCAGUCGGAGAGGAGAAGACGUCGUUGGGCGGUGUUGUGCACAAGGUGGUCAGCGUAGAUCUUGCGUGGACUCAGGUUGUUGGGGACAUGGCUGGUUGGGAGCUGACUCAUUCCCCGGAGACGUAUGCCUUCGUUUGGGAAUACGCCGAAUCUCGCAUUGAGGGUCAACUUCAAGACACAAAGCUACAAACAGGCGGCCUACGAAACCUCGCCGCCUCUGGCCACCGCGUCAACAUGUAUGUGAUCUUGUCUUCAGCCGUCAUUGCACCACCAUGGGACAAACGCAAGCCGGAGCUUGGGAGUAUGCCAUUCGAGAUUCUUGAGAAGAUCGUCGCCUUCGCGAUCGGCCAAACAGUCAGCAUUGAGAUGUCGUUCAAGGGCAGAGGGCCUCUGGCUGUGAGCAACACUCUGCACGGCGCUAUCAAGUGGUACCAGGCACGCAUUCCAAAUCUUCUGCUCACCUCGAAGCGGUUCCGCCGAGUCACUCAGUCUUUGCUGCCCAAGCUCGAUACCCAGCUCAUUAUCGAGGUCCAAAACGCAGAUGCGCUGAAUAGUUCCAUGGAGCGAGAUGCCUUCGCUAGGAGCCGAACGUACCGACUGGCGCUGCGUCAUUUCAUGAAGCUCGUUGGCACUGUGCCCGACAAACAAUGGAUCGGCUGA